AUGGGCUCGGUAUCACAGUCAAGGAAUAUUAGUUCCGCUGGUAAGAUCAAGGUAAAGAAUCCUGUCGUUGAGCUGGAUGGCGAUGAGAUGACAAGGAUAAUAUGGCAAGACAUCAAGGACAAGUUCAUCCAUCCUUACCUCGACAUCGACCUGAAGUACUAUGACCUGGGUCUGCCAUAUCGUGACGAGACUGAUGACAAGGUCACUGUUGAGGCGGCCGAGGCUAUCAUAAAAUAUAGUGUUGGUGUAAAAUGUGCUACCAUCACACCUGACGAGCAGCGAGUGGAGGAGUUCAAGUUGAAGAAGAUGUGGCUAUCUCCCAACGGCACAAUAAGAAACAUUCUAGGAGGUACUGUCUUCCGUGAACCGAUUGUCAUUCCUACGAUUCCUCGACUUGUCCCCGGCUGGAAAGAGCCUAUCAUCAUCGGCAGACAUGCCUUUGGUGACCAGUACAGAGCGAAGGAUCGAACCAUCAACGAAGAAGGCAAACUCGAGAUGAUUUUCACCCCAAAAGGCGGCAAGCCAGAAGUCGUCGAGGUCUACAACUUCAACGAGAACGGUGGCGUAGCACAGACACAAUACAACACAACCGACAGUAUCCGAGGCUUCGCACACGCCUCCUUCAAGUAUGCGAUCGAUCGCGGCUAUCCACUGUACAUGUCGACCAAGAACACCAUUUUGAAGGCCUACGAUGGUCGCUUCAAGGACAUCUUCCAGGAGAUUUACGAAAAAGAAUACAAGAGUCAAUUCGAGGAGAAGAAGAUCUGGUAUGAGCACAGACUAAUUGACGAUAUGGUCGCACAAAUGCUCAAGUCAGAUGGUGGCUUUGUCAUCGCCAUGAAGAACUAUGAUGGAGACGUGCAAUCAGACAUCAUUGCACAGGGUUUCGGUUCGCUUGGCCUCAUGACGUCUCAGUUGAUCACACCAGAUGGCCUCACAUAUGAGUCCGAGGCUGCUCACGGCACAGUGACCCGACAUUACAGAGAACAUCAGAAGGGACGAGAGACGAGCACGAAUCCUAUCGCCUCGAUAUUUGCCUGGACGAGAGGACUAGUAAAGCGAGGUCAGCUUGACGAGACGCCAGAAUUGGUCACUUGGGCUGAGAACCUCGAAAAGGCCGUCAUCCAGACAGUCGAUGAAGACAAAAUCAUGACCAAGGAUCUUGCUCUGUCGUGCGGCAAGAAGAACCGAGAAGCUUGGGUCACAACUGGCCAGUUUAUGGAGGCAAUUGAAAAGAGAUUCAAGAAGAACUUGGAGGCUGAGGGUCUCGGCAAGGUUGCUGGAACACAAUAG